GCCGGACAUCCUUUCCCCUCUCCAAACCCGGCUAUUGGUGCAUUCCCUGGAUUUUAGGUCUGGAUCCUUCUCUGCCUGUAAUUUUGCAACUCCCUUCUUGUUAGAGAUUUGAUUGUAUAUGAACCCCUUUUUCUUGGAGUUGCAUUGAAGCUAUUGGGAAGUAAAAGCACAAGGACAUUGUCUGUCUGCUGUUUUCAUUCUUCAAAUUUUCCUUUUUUUUUUCUUAGAGUUUUUGCUAAAUGUGUGGAAGGGUAUCUUUUUUAGUAUCGGUAUGAUAAGCAGGAGAAGGUGUAUGCAUCGUUUAUUUACGAUUCACAAUAGUAUUAAUCAUCAAAGUUGGUGGAUUCAUCCUUUAAUGGCCUUUACAUCAUCUACCUUCUUCGUUAGACCCAAAGAUUCCUUUGUAUUAUCUAACAAGGGCUAUAAUCAGAUUUUGUCAUGUGUCAAGUUUUUAUCUACCUCCAUUGAUCCAAAGGGUGGUGGAGGAAAAUACCCUUUUAACAAUGCAACGACGGGUCUCAGGCUUUGGGGUUGCUCUUCUUCUUCUAAUGAUUCAAAUAUAAGUUGUGCGGGUUACAACAACAAGUACAUGAAUGGAUUUCAGGUUUUUGUUCCACCCCAUCCGCUCUUGCUACAUGAUGAUGAUGAGGAAGCUAGUACUAGUAGUGCUACUAAGCCUUCUGACACUAACAACGAUCCAUCUCACAGAGGAAGCUCUGCUGGAUUCUUUAACCAAGAUUUACACGACAAAAUUGUUGUAGCUGUUGAUGUUGAUGAAGUCCUUGGGAACUUUGUUUCAGCUCUCAACGAAUUUGUUGCAGACCGUUACUCAUCAUACCAUUCGGUGUCCGAGUAUCAUGUAUAUGAAUUCUUCAAGAUAUGGAAGUGCUCAAGAGAUGAAGCUGAUAUCCGUGUCCAUGAAUUCUUCAAGACCUCUUAUUUCAAGACCGGAAUUCGUCCAAUUCCCGGUGCUCGACAGACUCUUCAAAAGUUGUCUAGAUUCUGUAACCUAUCAAUUGUGACGUCCCGGCAAAAUGCCAUUAAAGAUCACACAAUUGAGUGGAUUGAGAGGCAUUAUCCUGGAUUGUUUCAGGAUAUGCACUUCGGGAAUCACUUUGCACUGAAUGGGCAGUCAAUAGCCAAAUCAGAUAUUUGCAGGUCCUUGGGAGCAAAUGUUUUGAUUGAUGACAAUCCGAGGUAUGCUAUUGAGUGCGCGGAAGUUGGAAUCAAGGUUCUUCUUUUUGAUUAUGAAAAUUCAUAUCCAUGGUCGAAAAGCGAGUCACUUAAUGGGCAUCCCAUGGUUAAGAAAGUGCACAACUGGGGAGAAGUGGAGCAUCAAUUAGCUUCAUGGAUAGUUCCCAGGAAUUCCUCUUCAAACUAGGGUCAGGAAAGAAAAUAAGAAAAUGCAUUGAUUUUUAUUCUAUUCGACUCCUUUUAGAAGCAGUGGUAAACCCGGUGACCAAAGGGUCAAGCCUCUGCUGUUAAGAAGUUGGUAAACAUGUAGAAUAUCUUUUAUGUUUUUUUCCAUUUAGUCUUUCUUCUUUGUACAGAUAUGAAAUCCUCAGAGCGACUUAGUGAUGAGACUUCUUUAGAUAGUUUAGAGUCGAAGCCUCUGACGGUCUCAUUCUACUUUGGAAUCCAUAAGGUAAUGACAAUAUUCUAGAAAUUUACUCUUGUUGAA